UCGACUUUGUCAAUCACACCACACACACCCACAAUGUCCUCCCACUUCUCCGACAACGCGUCCCUCCUCCCCCUCGACUAUCUGCGUGGCUUGACGCACAUCAACCCCGCGGUCGCGGUGGACGAGACGAGCAGGGUGCUGCACGUCCGCGACCAUGACAAGAGCAAGGUCGCGCUCAUCUCGGGCGGUGGAUCGGGGCAUGAGCCUGCGCACGCCGGCUUCGUCGGCUCGGCCUCGCUCACCGCCGCGGUCGGCGGCAAUAUCUUCGCGUCGCCCAACACGUCGCAGGUGCGCCGUGCGCUCGAGCUGGUGAAGAACGACAAGGGCACCCUCGUCAUUGUCAAGCGCUACACCGGCGACGUCCUCCACUUCGGCCUCGCCGGCGAGAGCGCCGACGACAACGUCGCGUUCCUGAUUGUCGGCGACGACGUCGCCGUCGGCAGGAAGCAGGGCGCGCUGGUCGGUCGCCGUGGCCUUGCCGGCACGACCCUCGUGUACAAGGUCGCUGGCUGGCUCGCGUCCGAGGGCGGCAGCCUCGCCGAGGUGCGCGACCUCGCGCAGCUGGUCGCGGACAAUGUCGGCACGAUCGGCUCGUCCUUCGACCACUGCCACGUCCCCGGCACGGCCAAGGCCGACGCCUACCUCAAGGACGGCGAGAUGGAGGUCGGCACCGGCAUCCACAACGAGCCGGGCCUGCACAAGAUUGCGCAGCCCAAGAAGGCGCAGCUCAUCGACGACAUGGUCGAGCUGCUCACCUCGACUUCCGACCCGGACCGCUCGUUCGUGCCCUGGACGGGCAAGGACCGCGCCGUCGUCAUGGUCAACAACCUCGGCGGGCUGAGCGAGCUCGAGCUCGUCGGCCUCGUGCCCGCCAUCCUUGACAGCCUGACGCGCCGCGGCGUCGCCGUCGUGCGUAUCUUUGUCGGCACGUUCAUGUCGUCGCUCGACAUGCCAGGCUUCAGCAUCACCGCGCUCCGCCUCCCAGCCGACAAGGAGGAGCUCAUCCUCAAGGGUGUGGACGCGGCGUCGUCCGCCCCCGGCUGGCGCCCCGCCACGGUGCCAGUGCUCAAACCCGAGCCGACGAAGCAGACUGCCGAGAAGGCGUCGUUCCCGGCCUCUGGCAUCACCGCCCCUGCUGCCUUCACCGCCGGCAUUACCGCGGCGUGCAACGCCGUCAUCGCCGCCGAGAAGGACAUUACGCGGUACGACGUGAUUGCGGGCGACGGCGACUGCGGCCUGACGCUCAAGGCGGGCGGCGAGGCGAUCCUCGCCGGCAUCCAGCGCGGCGACAUCAACCCCAACGACGUGGUCAAUUCGGUGCGCGCCAUCUCCGAGAUCAUCGAGGAGGACAUGGGCGGCACCUCGGGCGCGCUGUACGCGAUUUUCAUCGCCGCGCUCGCCAAGGCGCUCGCGCAGGCGCCCAACGGCGAGGUGUCGCCCGCGACAUGGGCCAAGGCGGCCGAGCACGCACUCAACGUGCUGUACGGGUACACUGCUGCGCGACCCCCGAGCCGCACGCUCAUGGACCCGCUGGUCGCGUUUAUUGCCGCGUUCCCUAGCCAGGGGCUCGCCGCCGCCGCCGCCGAGGCCAAGAAGGCCGCCGAGAACACGGCCAACCUCGUCGCGUCGGCCGGUCGUGCCGCCUACGUCGACCAGGACCAGCUCCAGAAGGAGCACGUGCCCGACCCGGGAGCUUGGGGUCUGGCGCUCAUCUUUGAGGGGUUCGCGGGUGCGGCGAAGUAGCGGCCUGAGCGCGUAGCGCGAGGGCAGCGGGCUAUAUGGGCGAGCUGGGCUGUAUUGGGCCUGGCCUUGUAGUCUUGGUCGGUAGUCUAUGAAUUGGUG